AGUCUGUUUAGCUGCAGAAUGUCAGAGGAGCGAGGAAAGGACUUUCUGUCUGAGAUGAGUCUCUCAGAGGAACAGAGUGUAAGAUCAGGCUCACAUGUGUCCAGCUCUGUGUCUGUGAAGAGUGACCGUUCAAAGGGAGGUGAGCAACCAGACUUAAGUGAGAACAAAUCAUCAUCUCCCAAAAGUGUAAGAUCAGGCUCACAUGUGUCCAGCUCUGUGUCUGUGAAGAGUGACCGAUCAAAGGGAGGUGAGCAACCGGACUUAAGUGAGAACAAAUCAUCAUCUCCCAAAAGUGUAAGAUCAGGCUCACAUGUGUCGAGCUCUGUGUCUGUGAAGAGUGACCGUUCAAAGGGAGGUGAGCAACCAGACUUAAGUGAGAACAAAUCAUCAUCUCCCAAAAGGUAUUUCAUUGGUUUUUAAUUGUUUGUUGAAAAAAUACAAUAUGUGCACAUACAAAAACUUUUGGCAGGCGCACGAUCAAAUCAAUCACUUUACUGUAAGUAAACAAGAAUCCACUG